AUGGGUUUUUCUGGAGGAGUUUGGGUUUUAUUUGAUAGGAAUAAAGUGAAUGUUGAGUUUGUUGAUAAUAAUUCCCAAUAUGUCACUCUUAAAGUUUCUGUUGGUGUUGCUCAGGAAUGGUUUCUUUCAACAAUUUAUGGUAGUCCUACUACCUCUAUGAGAUGCCAACUAUGGAAUUAUCUAUCUGUAUUUGCUACCCGAUGUCAGCUUCCUUGGUUAAUCAUAGGUGAUUUCAAUGAAUUAUAUUGUAGUGCAGAUAAAAAUGGGGGCUCAGUGGCUGGAAAAAUUAGUGGGAUGAAGAGGUGGGUUGAUCAAUAUGGUUUGAUUGAUCUGGGAUUUCAUGGAUCUACUUUCACUUGGACUAAUAAGAGGAUUACAGAACGACUUGAUAGAGGGUUUUGUAAUGAUUUAUGGAGACUUGCUUUCCCUGAAGCUUUUAUUCAACAUUUACCACGCCUGAAGUCUGAUCAUUGCCCUUUACUUUUACAGUCUACUUCUUCUAUCAUUACCACUGGUGUGAAUAGGCCUUUUUGUUUCCAGGCAAUGUGGAUGGAACACAUUAAUUAUAAUCAGUUUGUUCAUGAUCAGUGGAAGAGCUAUAAUGGUACCCUGCAAAAUAAAGUUGUUCGACUUGCCUGUGAUCUCAACGAGUGGAACUCUACUGUGUUUGGUAAUCCUUUUAAGAAGAAAAGAAGACUGCUUGCUCGUAUUGCUGGGAUUCAUAAAUGUACGGACAGGAACUCUAAUUCUUUUCUUAUUUGUCACGCCCCGAAUUUUGAAUAA